CCACAGCGCUGGCACCCUCUGCUUCGGACGUUGGCCUUCGUACACUGGCACUCUCGGUGUGCGCGUUUGCAAAUAUUUCUUUCCCCAGCCUGCUCUCGAACAUCUUCUUUGGAUAACAUUCUCCCAUUAUGACGGCUUGAUAUGGUACCAGGAAAAAGCAGCCAAUGUCCGAUCUUGCUCCAUUGUCUCUUGCCUUUGGGGUGCCAAUUUCGAGUGAUCAACAGCAUAACUGGGUCCAAGAAUACUCCGACCCAAAGGAUGGGAAAGGCAUCAGGCUCUCUGCGGGUCUGCUAUUCGACAUGGUAUUUACGAAUGUCGCUGCCGAUACGAACCAGGUCCCUACAUGAUAUAUCGCCCUCGAGGAAGCUUGAAACAAUAAUGCACAUUUAAGCCCCAGCCUCCUCAGCCUUGGCCCACAAGCUUUUGAGGGGCGGUAUACGUCGAACGAUGAUACAAGAUGUAUCCGGUAUUGUGUAUCUGUGUGUGAGAGGGCCUGGAUGCCAGCUGGUUCUAGAUAGUUUAUUUAAUGGAUGGGUCAUAGAGAAGACUGAG